AUGCCUGCGCGCUUUGCCAACUACCUCUACCGCUCUCAAGUUGACAGUGGCAUCCUCCAAACCACCCCCCUCGAGCAUAAGAGAGCCCUUGAGGAGCUCAAUAGGACACAGCCUAUCGUGUCGCUCAACCCCAAGGCUUCAGUCGACGCGGAGGAUGGGAAUGCAGAUCAAUACCUUGACAAGGUGGACGAGACAAUCCGCGAGCUCGACGAGAAGGAGGAGAAACGUGGCGAUUCUUUCACUGUGGCCGACCGUGUGCUGCGUUGGCACUGUUUGUUCUCGGCCGCCCUGAUCUGCCGUCAAUACAAAUGCCUUCCCAUCCAGGGCGAGUUCGCUCACCUGGGUGCUGGCGGGAUGGAGAGCAUCAGCACCCGGGGUUUGAAGCUGAGCCGCGAGAUGCUCAAAGAGCAUUCUCGAGUCGGUCGUCCUUCAUACCCUGAUCGCUCUGCUCCCGGUCAUAACCCCAGCAUGUCGACUUCUCCCCGCACGUAUCCUCCCCGAGUUCCCGGCGGUCCUGCGAGCACGGACAUGGAUACGGAGGCGGAGUCAGACUCGAAUGUGGAGGUGGACACAGACCCCGACGUCGACUCGGCACCCGUGCAGACUAGACUUUCCUCAGAGGCUAUCGAAUACCUCCUGGAAAAACCGGCUGACCUGCUCAAGAUGACGUUCUUGUGUCUGAGCAAGGACGAAGACGAGGCUGGCCGGUGGUCGGUGAAGUCGAUUGUACACAGCCGCCGUGGAGUCGAAUUUGUUAUCGUCUACGACGACUGCGAUGGACCGAUCCCGAUGGACAGGGAGUCCAUGCGCUGGCUCAUGAAGGAGAGUGUUUCUCUGUAG